AUGGACUCAGCUGCAGAAUCUCGCACCAUGAAGGCGCGUAGGGAGGCCUACAAAAGCAAGGGUGCCCUGAAGCAAGAUGACCUCAGGCGUCGUCGCGAGGAGCAACAGGUCGAAAUUAGGCGCCAGAAGAGAGAGGAAAACAUUUCCAAGAGGCGAAACUUCCUCCCAUCCGCGGGACCAGACUCAGAUGAGGAGGUCGGUGGUGGCACUUGGGAUCCUCCUAUGGUUUCGGGCGUGUUCUCUGAAGAUCCUGAGCGCCAAUUGGACGCGACUACCAAAUUUCGCAAGCUGCUUUCAAAAGAGAAAAAUCCUCCGAUCGAGCGCGUCAUCGAGUGUGGUGUCGUACCCCGCUUCGUCGAAUUCCUUCAACAUGGCCAUUCCAUGCUUCAAUUCGAAGCCGCUUGGGCACUCACUAACAUCGCUUCUGGAACGGCUGAACAUACGCAAGUCGUCAUCAGCGCGCAAGCUGUUCCGGAAUUUAUCAAUUUGCUCUCUUCUCCUACUCUCGAUGUUCGCGAGCAAGCCGUUUGGGCCCUGGGAAACAUUGCCGGAGAUAGUCCCCAGUGCAGAGACUACGUUCUCCAACAAGGGGCUCUAAGGCCUUUGUUGACCCUUUUAAGCGAACAUCACAAGCUUAGCAUGUUGCGGAACGCUACUUGGACCUUAAGUAACUUCUGUAGGGGAAAGUCUCCUCAACCUGAUUGGGAAUUGAUUUCCCCUGCGUUGACCGUUUUGACGAAGUUAAUCUACUCCCUCGACGACGAGAUCUUGAUUGACGCCUGUUGGGCAAUUUCCUAUUUAUCUGAUGGUUCAAACGAUAAAAUACAGGCGGUUAUCGAGUCUGGCGUUUGCAGGCGCUUGGUCGAUCUACUCAUGCACCAGUCAACAUCUGUUCAAACGCCAGCCCUGCGCUCUGUUGGAAACAUCGUCACUGGUGAUGAUCUUCAAACUCAGGUCGUCAUCGCGUCUGGUGCCCUCCCUGCCCUCCUUUCUCUACUCUCCUCCCCGAAGGAUGGUAUUCGAAAGGAGGCUUGCUGGACAAUUUCCAACAUCACCGCUGGCUCUCCUCCUCAGAUUCAAUCCGUCAUAGACGCCAACAUUAUCCCCCCUCUCAUCAACAUCCUUCAGAAUGCAGAUUUCAAGACAAGGAAGGAGGCUUGCUGGGCCAUCUCAAACGCUACUUCAGGCGGUCUUCAAGAGCCCUCCCAGAUUCGUUAUCUGGUUUCUCAAGGAUGUAUCAAACCACUCUGUGAUCUGUUGACAAUGAUGGACAACAAGAUCAUUCAAGUAGCGCUAGAUGGUCUUGACAACAUCUUGAAGAUUGGAGAGGCUGAUAAGGUUGCUGCUGGGCCUGGAGCCGCCAAUCAGUAUGCGUUGUUCGUGGAAGAAGCUGGUGGUAUGAUUACUAUCCACAACCUUCAAUCGCACGACAACCUGGAAAUAUACAAGAAGGCUUUCAACAUCAUGGACAAGUACUUCCCUGAUGAAGACGAUGUCGAUGCGGCUAUCACCGCCCCUAGUGUGGAUGCUUCUGGCGCGUUUGCUUUCCAUUCGGAUAUGAACGCUCCUCAAGGAGGGUUCAGUUUUGGGCAGUAG